GUUAUGGGAGCCUAAAGGUCCUGUCCCUCGGGGUUCCUGACCUGCAGUGGCAGGCGGAAGGGACAAGGGUUGGAGCUGAGUACUACCUCCUGAGCUCGAACCGGUGACGGUGGCUACCCUCCCCCUCCCUGCCACCGCCCAGGGAGUGGAAAGAAGUGGGAGUUAAUUACUCCGACAUCUCGGCGGUGUGGCGUCUGGACAGGGUUCUGCCACAGCAGUGAUAGCAUAUGGCACCGUACUGAGGUGAUGUGCCAGGGUGAUGCCAAAGGCAGGGUGUGAUGCCACGGGAGCCACUUGAUAUCUAAGAGACUUCGGUGAGUCCAUAGCCUGGUGACAUCACAACUUGAUGAGGGUCAUCUUAAGGAUACCGGGCUGUGGUGUUGGCACUUUAAUAUCACUAUAUUAACUAUGUUGUCAAGGCUUUGCUGCAACUAUUAAGCUAAUAGUGUUUCUUUUUAUAGAAAUCCCAAAUAGUGCCAUAGCAGAAGCAAUGCAAGACUGAUCCUUUAUAGGGCAUAUCCAGAGGACAUUAUGCCACAACUAGUUUUAUCCAAGUAUGAAAACCAGAUUACUAUUUUCACUGACUACCUAGAAGAAUAUCCAGAUACAGAUGAGCUGGUAUGGAUCUUAGGGAAGCAGCAUCUCCUUAAAACAGAAAAAUCUAAGCUGUUGUCUGAUAUAAGUGCUCGUCUAUGGUUUACAUACAGAAGGAAAUUUUCACCAAUUGGGGGAACGGGCCCUUCAUCAGAUGCUGGUUGGGGAUGUAUGCUACGCUGUGGACAGAUGAUGCUGGCUCAAGCCCUUAUCUGUAGACACUUGGGAAGGGACUGGAGCUGGGAGAAACAAAAAGAACAACCCAAAGAAUACCAACGCAUCCUACAGUGCUUCUUAGAUAGAAAAGAUUGUUGCUACUCUAUCCAUCAAAUGGCACAAAUGGGUGUAGGAGAAGGGAAAUCAAUUGGAGAAUGGUUUGGACCAAAUACAGUUGCACAGGUGUUAAAAAAACUUGCUUUAUUUGAUGAAUGGAAUUCCUUGGCUGUUUAUGUUUCAAUGGAUAACACAGUGGUCAUUGAAGACAUCAAAAAAAUGUGCCGUGUCCUUCCCUUGAGUGCUGACACAGCUGGUGACAGGCCUCUCGAUUAUUUGACUGCUUCAAACCAGAGUAAGGGCACCUCUGCCCACUGCCCAGCCUGGAAGCCCCUGCUGCUCAUUGUGCCCCUUCGCCUGGGCAUAAACCAAAUCAAUCCUGUCUAUGUUGAUGCAUUCAAAGAAUGUUUUAAGAUGCCACAGUCUUUAGGGGCAUUAGGAGGAAAACCAAAUAACGCGUAUUAUUUCAUAGGAUUCUUAGGUGAUGAGCUCAUCUUCUUGGACCCUCACACAACCCAGACCUUUGUCGACACUGAAGAGAAUGGAACGGUUAAUGACCAGACUUUCCAUUGCCUGCAGUCCCCACAGCGAAUGAACAUCCUGAACCUGGAUCCUUCAGUUGCACUGGGAUUUUUCUGCAAAGAAGAAAAAGACUUUGAUAACUGGUGUAGCCUUGUUCAGAAGGAAAUUCUGAAGGAGAAUUUAAGGAUGUUUGAAUUAGUUCAGAAACAUCCAUCACACUGGCCUCCCUUUGUACCUCCAGCCAAGCCAGAAGUGACAACCACUGGGGCAGAAUUCAUUGACUCUACUGAGCAACUGGAGGAGUUUGAUCUGGAGGAAGAUUUUGAGAUUCUGAGUGUGUAGAAUCCUGGGAACUCAACUUGAAGGUCUGUCUUCCAUCUGGCACCAUAAAAACAUGAACUUAUUACAUAAAACUUUUCUAGUCAGCAAGUGCCUAUAUGCCAAUAGCAUACAAACUCAAUAGCAAUCAUGACUGAGCCAAUCACUGUUUCUCAGAAAAACAAGACAAAACAAAUGACAGUAACCCUUCCCUGGAAAGAAACAGAACAAUCAUGGAGCCUAGAGGCAGACAGAUGAGAAGGAGUUCAUUGCUUCCCAGCUUGUCUUACAUGGCUACAGCAAGUCUUCAGCUGCUGCAAUGAGGAAAUGGACAUCUAGAAGACAGACAGCAACUCUCAGCUUGCUUCAAGCACCAGCAGAUAAAAGAUGGUUAAGCUGUUCUUCUUCAUCCUUUCAGAUGUGACCUCUUUUGGACUAAAUACUAAGAAGCAAUCUGUUCUCUUGCUCAAAUAAUAAAGUGACUGAAUCAGGGAGGAAAAGGUUCUUGUUAAAUUAUUUGAUUGUGUAGUUUAAGUAAUUAUAAUUUAUAUCAAAAUGUUUGUCAAAGAAACGAUGUCAAAUGUACACUGCUAGAUCUCCCUCCUAUUUGUGGGAAUCUUACUAUUUAAUGGGUCACUGUCCCCAUUCUUACUGAUACUUUUGUCAGAUGUCACCCUGUCCUUAAAUCAUGAUCACUUAAAUCAGGGGUCAGCAAACUUUUUCUGUAAAGGGCCAGACGGUAAAUAUUUUGGGCUUUGCAGGCCAUGUGGCCUUUGUCACAUCUACUCAACUCUGCUGUUGACAUGCAAAAGCAGCGAUAGACAAUAUGCACGUAAAUGAGUGUGGCUAUAAUCCAAGAAAACUUUAUUUACAAAAACAGGUGGAGGGCUGGGUUUGGCCUGCAGGCUGUAGCUUGCCAAUCAGUGACUUAAAUUGUUGAUUUUUGUUUGGUAAAUUAAAAAUAAAUUGUGUUUGAAGUAUACCCUA